AUGGCAUUGCAAGGGGAAUUAGAGGAGGCUAAGGUAGGUGAUGACAAGUACGAGUCCCAAGACAAAGGAAAAGGAGGAUUCAAUGCUUGCAAAUUCAUAUUCGUGUUGGCAGCAUUUGAGAACAUGGGGUUCAUUGCAAACAUGGUGAGUUUGGUCAUGUACUUCGUAGGAGUGAUGUAUUUCGACAUCGCAGGCGCUUCCAACACUCUUACUAAUCUCAUGGGAACCACUUUCUUGCUCUCCCUAGUUGGUGGUUUCAUUUCAGACACAUACUUAAGCAGAUUAUCAACUUGUCUAAUCUUUGGAGCACUUGAAAUUCUGGCUUUGGUGCUUAUGACGAUUCAAGCAGGCACACACCAUUUGCAACCAGAAGUAGGUAGUGGUGUGAAAGGUGGUGUAGCAGUCUUGUUCUAUGGAUCAUUGUACUUGUUAGCAUUAGGUUCAGGCGGCGUUAGAGGGUCUCUUCCGCCAUUAGGCGCUGACCAAUUCGAUGACCAUAAUCCCAAAGAGGCAAAGGGUCUUGCCACCUUCUUCAAUUGGUUUUUGCUUAGUAUAACAGUUGGAGCAACCAUAGGAGUCACAGUCAUUGUGUAUAUGAACACUGAAGUAGGGUGGCAAUGGGGCUUUAUGAUAUCAACUUUUGCUGCCUUUCUUGGGUUUAUUGUGCUUGCUUUUGGCAAGCCAUAUUAUCGCCUCCGACCCGCAGGAGAAAGUCCUCUUUUGAGUAUCAUUAAGGUCAUUGUUGUGUCAAUUAAAAACCGAGGCUUGUCAAUACCAGAGAACCCAACUGAACUAUAUGAGAUCAAAGACAAAGAUUCAUUAUCCACAAAAGAGAAUCUUUCGCACACCAACCAAUUCAGGUGUCUAGACAAAGCUGCCAUACUACCAAACAACUCAGAGCCAGGACCGUGGAAUGUCUGCUCUGUAACACAAGUCGAAGAAGUCAAAAUCCUAACAAGAAUGCUGCCCAUUCUAGCCAGCACCAUCCUGAUGAACACUUGCUUAGCCCAACUGCAAACAUUCUCAGUAGAACAAGGAUCCUUAUUCAUGGACCGCCAUAUCGGCUCGAAAGAGAUCCCAGCCCCAUCAGUGCCUAUAAUCCCCUUAGUCUUCAUGUCCAUUCUCCUACCCAUGUACGAGUACAUCUUCGUUCCUUUCGCCAGAAAGAUCACAGGCAAUCCUACAGGCAUAACCCAGCUCCAAAGGGUCGGAGUUGGGCUUGUGCUCUCCGCAGUAUCCAUGACCGUGGCUGGCCUCGUUGAGAUGAAGAGACGAAACCAAGCUCAUAGGGACCCACUAAAUCCAAUAAGCAUAUUUUGGUUGUCGUUUCAGUAUGGUAUAUUUGGAAUAGCUGACAUGUUUACUCUGGUGGGGUUGCUUGAAUUUUUCUACAAAGAAGCUCCAGCCAGCAUGAAAUCUCUUUCGACGUCGUUUACGUGGCUUACGUUGUCGUUUGGCUACUUCUUGAGUACCAUCUUUGUUAAUGUUAUAAACGCCGUGACCAAAAGAGUAACACCUAGUAAACAACAAUGGCUACGUGGUUUGGAUCUUAACUCGAGCAAUUUGCACCUGUUUUAUUGGUUCUUGGCUAUACUUAGUUGCCUCAACUUCUUUCUCUACCUUUGGGCUGCCGUUUGGUACAAGUACAAGUCAGAAGAAGAACAUGAUCAAACGACAUCGUUUGAUGAGACCACUAUGAACAGCCGAGUGCCUAUGCUUUCGAAUGCUGCACCCUCUGCUUUGGACCAAACGGAACAAAGUGGGAAAGAGAAAGACGCCAAUUGA